AUGGUAGCCUCCCGACACAGCUCGACUGCCAAAACAGGCGCAUCAGUUACGCUCACACCUGGUGGCCUCCCUCGCUUUCACUUACCUCUGCCUUCGCGAGAUGAAACAUGCAUCUUUGCGCUGCGACCCCUCUCAAACACUGUCGGUGAUCUCGUGAAAGCUAUCGAAGCUGAGGAUAAGGGGGUUGACCGAGUGGCUUUUCUGGGAACUAAUGGUCUACGAUUCGCCAAGGCGAACAGCAUUGAGAUGCUACUGGCUAAUGACUUUGUUGUCGAGAUCAACGAUAAGAAAUUUCCCGUUAGUGUAUCAAGUUUGGGCCUGCCCAAUGAUGUAGGACCGAAGGAGUUGGGGAACGUGAGGGCGCUGAUCAAUCGGUUGAACACCGUUCUCACCGCGGAGGACAUUAAUGCAGAGAAGGAGAGGGAGAUUAAAAAACGCAUUGCUGAUGUCCAACUUCAACUCGAGCCCUUUGAGGAAAAGCGACAGGCGCUGGCAGAGAUGGCUUCGACACGAACCCGACGAUUGACAUGGAUGGCACUGGGCGCCAUGGGACUCCAGUUUGGCCUACUGGCACGCCUUACGUGGUGGGAGUACUCUUGGGAUAUUAUGGAACCUGUAACAUACUUCGUUGGCUAUGGUACUACUAUGGCCAUGUACGCCUACUUCGUCGUCACUCGACAGGACUACUCCUUUCCGGCAGUCUUUGAUCGAGAGUACCUGAAGGCCUUUUACAAGGGCGCUGCGGCUCAAGGCUUCGAUGUGGAGCGCUACAACAGCCUGCGCGAGAUGUUGGCUGAGCUGCAGGGUGACUUGCGCCGUCUCCGUGAUCCCCUUUAUGUCAACCUACCUCUCCAGCAGACUAAGUACCUUGUUAAGGAGUGUGUUCAGGAGAGUCACUAG